AUGGGUGGGCUUUGCUCGAGGAGUUCCUCUGUAAAUAACGCUCCUGGUGUAAGCUUCCCACAUGUCAAUGGUCAUCUCAGUAAUGGUUCUGAGCCUGAGGUGAAUCUUCAGUCCGGUGACAAAGACGCUGCUGAUCCUUCUCCGGUGAGGGAGGAGAGUGUAGUAGAUGAUAAUAAGCCUACAUCAGAGUCGUUUUCGUUUCCUCAUCUGCACACAGCUUCUGCUGGAUCUCAUCCUCAGAAUAUCGAGGAUGGGAUUCCCCGGUUAUCGAGGGUUUUAUCUCAGAAAUCAAGAUCCACCAAGUCUAGGCAAGCUGCUGUGGCUAAGGUUUCAGAAGUAAGCUCUUUAUUGGGCAGGGCGGGCACUAUGGGACUUGGUAAAGCUGUGGAUGUGUUGGACACGCUUGGGAGUAGCAUGACGAAUCUGAACCUUAAUGGGGGAUUCUCUUCUGCGACGACGACGAAAGGGAACAAGAUCUCGAUCUUGUCUUUUGAAGUUGCUAACACCAUUGUUAAAGGAGCCAAUCUUAUGCAUUCUCUUUCGAAAGAUAGUAUCGCACAUUUGAAAGAAGUGGUAUUGCCUUCAGAAGGUGUACAGAAUCUAAUAUCUAAAGACAUGGAUGAGCUUUUGAGAAUAGCUGCUGCAGAUAAAAGGGACGAGUUGAGGAUUUUUUCUGGAGAGGUGGUGCGGUUUGGGAAUCGUUGCAAAGAUCCUCAAUACCACAACUUGGAUCGCUUCUUUGACAGGUUGGGCUCUGAGUUUACACCACAGAAACAUUUGAAACAGGAAGCAGAAACCAUAAUGCACCAGCUGAUGUCAUUUGUUCAUUUUACAGCUGACUUGUAUCAUGAACUUCAUGCACUGGAUAGGUUUGAACAAGAUUACCAACGUAAGAUUCAGGAAGAAGAGAAUCCAAGUACAGCUCAACGAGGUGUGGGAGAUACCCUCGCUAUCCUGAGAACUGAGUUAAAGAGUCAGAAGAAGCAUGUAAGGAACUUAAAGAAGAAAUCUCUUUGGUCUAGGAUCUUGGAAGAAGUGAUGGAGAAACUUGUAGACGUUGUUCAUUUCUUGCAUUUGGAGAUUCACGAAGCCUUUGGUGGUGCAGAUCAUGAUAAGCCUGCAAAUGACCCACCAAUCAACCAGAAAAAGUUGGGCUCUGCUGGUCUUGCCUUACAUUACGCAAACAUUAUCACUCAAAUUGACACUCUUGUGUCCCGGUCUAGCACUAUGCCUACAAGCACAAGAGAUGCUUUGUACCAAGGUUUACCCCCAAGUAUAAAAUCUGCUUUACGCUCCAGAAUACAGUCCUUCCAAGUUAAGGAAGAGCUAACUGUUCCUCAAAUAAAAGCCGAGAUGGAAAAGACGUUGCAGUGGCUCGUCCCUGUUGCUACAAACACAACCAAGGCGCAUCACGGGUUUGGAUGGGUUGGAGAAUGGGCAAGUUCCGGGUCGGACACGAACCAGAGACCUGCAGGUCAGACAAUACUGAGGAUAGACACACUUCACCAUGCAGAUAAAGAAAAAACUGAGGCUUACAUAUUAGACCUGGUGGUGUGGCUUCAUCAUCUCGUUACACAAGUCAGGGCCACCACCGGUUGUGGCCUGAGAUCUCCGGUUAAGUCUCCAAUCAGAUCACCUAACCAGAAAACAAUCCAACUCUCCAGCGGCGGCUCACACAACCCGAGUAUGGGCUCUCCGUUGCUGACAGUGGAGGAUCAAGAGAUGCUUAGAGACGUGAGCAAGAGGAGAAAAACGCCAGGGAUCAGCAAGAGCCAAGAGUUUCAAACGGUGGCUAAAACACGGCUUUGUAAACAUCACAGGCUGAGCAAGAGCAGUAGCCACUCGCCGAUGAUGGGCGAGGUGAUGAAGAGCAGCAAGAAGGAUACUUUCUCAACCAGAAGACCUUCCUCUGUUCCCAUCAUCGAUUUUGACAUUGAUCGCAUGAAAGCCCUCGAUGUGAUUGAUCGUGUGGACACCAUUCGGAGCUUGUAG